GGAAAAUUAAAAAAUAAAAAGGAAAAAAAAAAUUGCAGAAAGCCAGAGACUAAAAAACUGCUAAAAGAACCAAAACAAAAGAGCGGAGACGGGGAGAGAUCUGAGUUGGGGACCGAGUCAAGCCCGAGUUAGGUCACGUCACGCUAUCGUCUUGUCAGCAUUAAUUGGCAGUGACGAUCCUGACCGUUAGAUCUCAUUGCUGUCAACCUUCUCUCUCUCUCUCGCACGCUGCCCCUAAGAAUUUGAAUCGAACAAUCUCAGGAAAAAAGCUGCAACUAAGAAGCGGAACGAUCGGGUCGAGUUUCGGGGAUUGUUUUAUUGUACGACUCGGUGCUUUCCCAGAUUUGAACUUUGUGGAAGCUUGUUUCUGUCUUGUGGGGCUCAAGUUCAAUCGAUUAAAGUGCGUUUGGAAACUGAGAAAUAUGGGAGAAGUUUGGGCGAUAUUGAGGGAUUUAAAUAAUAAUUAUCUUAUGUAGUUUAUACACAAAAGCGUUGAUGUUAAUUGAUCUCUUUCAUUUGGGUAUGAUUUGGACUCUCAGAAAUACCUAAAGUUGAUUUGGCAGUACAGGGCUGAAUAGUAGAAGCCCUAAUCUACUGGGUCUUCUCUACUAAGUGAAGCCCUAGAAAUUUUGUGAACUAUAAUUGCCGGAAAAUGGAAAAGAAUCCAUAGCUUAGAAAUAGAAAAGUAUAGAAGUAUAGAACCAAUGGAAGAUAUCUCCAAGUAUUCCCACAGUCCUGCUCACCUUGCAGUUGCACGCCGUGAUUAUGCAGCCCUCAGGCGUAUCAUCUCAACCUUACCAUCUCUUGCCAAGGCUGGUGAAGUUAAUACGGAAGAAGAGUCUCUUGCUGCUGAGAAACGAGCUGAUGCUCUUUCUGCUGUCAUUGAUCGUCGAGAUGUUCCUGGCCGUGAGACUCCUUUGCAUCUUGCUGUUAAAUUGCGAGACCCAGUCUCUGCAGAGAUUUUGAUGGUAUCUGGUGCAGAUUGGAGCCUGCAGAAUGAAAAUGGUUGGAGUGCUCUUCAAGAAGCAGUUUGCACAAGGGAGGAACAGAUUGCUAUGAUAAUUGCUCGGCAUUACCAGCCUCAUGCUUGGGGAAAAUGGUGCCGUAGGCUUCCACGAAUUGUUGCUUCAGCAGCUCGUAUUCGUGACUUUUACAUGGAGAUAACAUUUCAUUUUGAGAGUUCAGUUAUCCCAUUUAUUGGUCGCAUUGCCCCCUCAGAUACUUAUCGCAUUUGGAAGCGUGGCUCUAACCUUCGUGCUGACAUGACCCUUGCUGGGUUUGAUGGUUUUCGCAUCCAAAGGUCAGAUCAAACAUUUCUCUUCUUGGGAGAGGGGUAUUCUUCAGAGGAUAGUAAUAUAUCUUUGUCACCAGGUUCUUUGAUUGUUCUUUCUCACAAGGAAAAAGAAGUUGUUAAUGCUUUGGAGGGGGCUGGUGCUCUACCAACAGAAGCAGAAAUUGCCCAUGAAGUGGCUUUAACGUCUCAAACUAAUAUGUAUAGGCCAGGCAUUGAUGUCACUCAGGCAGAGCUUGUUCCUCAUUUGAAUUGGAGGCGACAAGAGAGAACAGAGAUGGUCGGAAAUUGGAAGGCCAAAGUUUAUGAUAUGCUUCAUGUAAUGGUUAGUGUGAAGUCAAGGCGGGUUCCAGGUGCAAUGACUGAUGAGGAGCUUUUUGCUGUUGAUGAUGAAGAAAGGUUGGUAAAUGGUGUUGACAAUGAUGAGUUUGAUGAUGUAUUGACAGCUGAGGAGAGGGAGCAGUUGGAUACUGCACUUCGAAUGGGGAAUUCAGAUGGCCUUUGUGAGGAUGAGGAACCUGGGGUCCUUGAGUACCAAGAAAAUGGAUCUGCUGGUUCUUAUGAAAAUGGGGAAUCUAAUGGUACCAUUAAAGAGAAGAAGAGUUGGUUUGGUUGGAAAAACAAAGGUUCAAAGAACAAUAUUGAUGAUCUGGAAGAUUCAAAGAUCUUGAAGAAGUUUUCUAAGUUGGCACCUGAAGGUGGGAACCAAAAAUCCAUUGACAAUCAAAAAUCAUCAUCUGAAUUGGCUAGGGAGGACUUGGGGGAUGCCAAGAAGGGAAAGGAUAAAGGCAACAAGAAGAAAAAGAAGAAAGGGGUCAGCAGUGAGCCUAAGCAUGAGAGUGAGUACAAGAAGGGUUUAAGGCCUGUCUUGUGGCUGACACCAGAUUUUCCAUUGAAAACUGAGGAGCUUCUGCCAUUACUUGAUAUAUUAGCCAACAAGGUCAAAGCUGUUAGGAGGCUUAGGGAGCUUUUGACGACUAAAUUACCUCAAGGGACUUUUCCUGUGAAGGUUGCCAUCCCAAUUGUCCCAACUAUUAGGGUGGUAGUUACAUUUACAAAAUUUGAGGAGCUUCAGCCAGUGGAGGAGUUCUCAACUCCCCUUUCCAGCCCAGUACAUUUCGAAGAUGCCAAAUCCAAGGAAGCAGAGGGGUCCACGUCGUGGAUUUCAUGGAUGAGAGGGAGUCAUGGUGGACAAUCAAGUGAUAGUGAUAGUCACAGAUAUAAGGAUGAGGUUGAUCCAUUCCACAUACCAUCUGACUACACUUGGGUUGACGCCAAUGAGAAGAAACGCCGGAUGAAGGCCAAGAAAUCAAAGAGUAAGAAACACAGGAAACAGGCCCCAGCCAGGGGUGGCGAUGGUGGAGCACAUACGAGUGAAGAUGUGGAGGAAUAACUGAAUAAACCAUCCCAUGGACCUUUGCCGGUUGAAAAUGCCAUGCAAGGGGAAAGACAUCUCACAUUAAUCCUUCUUUUGGAUUCAUGCUUGGAUGAGUUGCGAAAGAUAUAUCGGGCAAUCACUUCUUGUUGAUUACGAAGACUGUUGUCUUCUUUAGUUGAAUUGUUAUGUGAUGAAAUUGAAGAGGAGCAGGGAGCGAAAUCUCCCUUUUCCCCCACCUUUAAUAUCUUAUUUUUCAUUCCUUUUUUAGACGUUAAUCUUUGUAUCAAAAUCAGCUGAUUAUCGAUCUUACACUUUGUGAUGGGUGUUUGGUCAUUUUGACCUGCACUGUUCAUUUGUUUUGAAAUGGUAAAAUGAUGCAAUUUCUCGAUUUUCA